AUGGGCCUCCUGCCGUGGCGGUGGUCGUGGCCGGCGCUGGCCCUGGCCCUGGCCUGGGCCCUGGCCGGACUGGGCGCCUGGAGCCGGGCCGAAGUUUGUGACAGCAUCGACAUCCGGAACAACAUAACCAAGUUCAGCUUGCUGGAGAACUGUACCGUGAUCGAGGGUCACUUGCAGAUCUUGCUCAUGUUCAAAACCAAGGCCUCCGACUUCCGGGACCUCAGCUUUCCCAAACUGACCAUGAUCACGGACUACUUGCUGCUUUUCCGGGUCUACGGCCUGGAGAGCCUAAAGAAGCUUUUCCCCAACCUGACCGUCAUCCGCGGGACUCACCUCUUCUUCAACUACGCCUUGGUCAUCUUUGAGAUGGUUCACUUGAAGGAGAUCGGCCUCUAUAGCCUGAUGAACGUCACCCGCGGGGCCGUGAGGAUCGAGAAGAACGACGAGCUCUGUUACCUGUCCACCAUCGACUGGUCUCGGAUUCUGGACUCUGCGGAAGACAACUACAUCAAGUCGAACAAGGACGGCAAGGAGGAGUGCGGAGACGUCUGCCCCGGAGUGGUACAAGGGAAAAGCAGCUGCCCGCCUACCGUCAUCAACGGCAUUUUCAUUGAGCGCUGUUGGACCUACGAGCACUGCCAGAGAGUGUGUCCCACGGCGUGCAAGUCACAGGGCUGCAACCUGGAGGGCCGCUGCUGCCACGCUGAGUGCCUGGGCAACUGCCUGGAGCCCAACGACCCAGGGAAGUGCGUUGCUUGCCGGAACUUCUAUCUGGAGGGCCAGUGCGUGGAGGCAUGCCCACCGGGCUACUACCGCUACAAAGGCUGGCGUUGCGUGACGUUUGACUUCUGCCAGGACCUGCACAACAAGUGCAAGAUCGCCCGGCAGUCCGGCUGCCCUGUCAUCCACGAGGGCGAGUGCGUUCCCGAUUGCCCCUCGGGGUACACCAUCAACUCUAGCAACCUCCACUGCACCCCUUGCGCAGGGCUCUGCCCCAAAGUGUGUGACUUCAGCAGCCUGAAGACAAUCGACUCUCUGACGGCGGCGCAGGAGCUGCGAGGCUGCACGGUGGUGAACGGCAGCCUGAACAUCGUCAUCCGCGGAGGAAGCAAUAUCGCAGCAGAGCUGGAAUCCAGUCUUGGCUUGAUAGAAGAGAUCACCGGCUACUUGAAGAUCCGUCGUUCCUUUGCUCUGGUCUCCCUCUCCUUUUUCCGCAAACUCCAUCUGAUUAGAGGGCAGACUUUAGAAACUGGGAACUACUCCUUCUAUGCCUUGGACAACCAGAAUCUCCGCCGGCUCUGGGACUGGAACAAGCACAACCUCACCAUCGCCCGGGGGAAGCUCUUCUUCCACUACAACCCCAAGCUGUGCCUCUCGGAGAUCCACAAGAUGGAGGAAAUCUCGGGGGCCAAGGGGCGCCAGGAGCGGAACGACAUCGCUGACAAGACCAACGGCGACCAGGCUUCUUGUGAGGAAGACGUGCUGAAGUUCUCCUUCAUAAAAACAGACAGUGACAAGAUUGUACUGAAAUGGGAGCCCUACUGGCCUCAGGACUACCGCGAUCUCCUUGGCUUCAUGCUCUUCUAUAAGGAAGCCCCCUUCCGGAACGUGACAGAGUUUGACGGCCAGGACGUCUGUGGCUCCAACAGCUGGACGGUGGUGGACGUCGACCCUCCCCCGCGAACGGUCCAGCCGGGGUGGCUGCUGCGGAAUCUGAAGCCCUGGACCCAGUACGCCAUCUUUGUGAAGACACUGGUCGCCUACUCGGACGAGCGCAAGAUCUACGGGGCCAAAAGCAAGAUCAUCUACAUCCAGACGAACGCCUCCAUGCCUUCUGUCCCACUUGACCCCUACACCAGUUCCAAUUCCUCAUCCCAGAUCUCCGUCAGGUGGAAGCCGCCUCUCGAGCCCAAUGGGAACAUCACGCACUACAAGGUCUCCUGGGAGCAGCAAGCGGAGGACAGUGAGCUCUACGAACUGGACUACUGCUUGAAGGGCUUGAAGCUGCCCUCCCGGACGUGGUCUCCCCCACCAGAGUCUGAAGACGUCCAGAAGAACAACCAGAGCAAGAACGAGGAGUUCAGCAGUCAGUGCUGCAAAUGCCCCAAAACCGACUCUCAGAUCCAGAGGGAGGUGGAGGAGACGGCCUUCCGGAAGACCUUCGAGAACUACCUGCACAACGAAGUCUUUGUUUCCAGGCCGACCAGGAAGCGGAGAGAUCUCGGCAGCGUGGCCAAUAGCACCGUGCUGGCCCCAACCCUCCUUCCCGCGGUGAACGCUUCUGUGGCUGCCCCCGGAGGCUCCCAGGAGUCGCAGCCCUUUGAGACAGAGGUCUCGAAGGAGCUGUUGGUGAUCUCGAACCUGCGGCACUUCACAGGCUACCGGAUUGAGAUCCAGGCCUGUAACCGCGAGGCCCCCAAAGAAUGCAGCGCGGCGGUGUAUGUCAGCGCCAGGACCGUGCCCGGAGCCAAAGCAGAUGACAUCAUGGGGCCCGUGAGCCAUGAGCUGGUGGACAAGAGCAGCGUCCUGCUGAGGUGGCAGGAGCCCCGGGAACCCAACGGCCUGAUCCUGCUGUAUGAAGUGAACUAUGGGCACCCAGGGGAUUCAGAGCAUCACCACUGCAUCUCUCGGAAGCAUUUCACCAGAGACCAGGGCUGCAAGCUGCGGGGGCUGCAACCCGGGAACUACAGCGUGCGCGUCCGGGCCACCUCGCUGGCCGGCAACGGAUCCUGGACGGAGCCAACCUACUUCUACGUCUCUGAUUAUAUGAACACUCCGACCAACCUCGUGGGGGUGAUCGUUCCUGUCAUCUUCACUUUCUUCUUCAUCGGCAUCAUCGGAGGAGCCUACAUCUUUGUCAAAAAGAGGCAAACAGAAGGACCAACGGGGCCGCUCUACGCAUCCUCCAAUCCAGAGUACCUCAGUGCCAGUGAUGUUUAUGUCCCCGAUGAGUGGGAAGUCCCCCGGGAGAAGAUCUCCCUCCUGCGGGAGCUGGGCCAGGGCUCCUUCGGCAUGGUGUACCAGGGGAUCGCCAAGGACAUUGUCAAGGGCGAGGCGGAGACCCGGGUUGCCGUGAAGACGGUGAAUGAGUCGGCCAGCCUGCGGGAGCGGAUCGAGUUCUUGAACGAGGCUUCGGUGAUGAAGGGCUUCAGAUGCCACCAUGUGGUUUGCCUCCUGGGGGUGGUUUCCAAAGGGCAGCCCACCCUCGUCGUCAUGGAGCUCAUGGCCCAUGGGGACCUGAAGAGCUACUUGAGAUCCUUGCGCCUGGAUGCUGAGAACAAUCCCGGCCGCCCACCGCCUACUCUUCGGGAGAUGAUCCAGAUGGCUGCAGAGAUUGCCGACGGCAUGGCUUACCUGAAUGCCAAGAAAUUUGUCCACCGGGACCUGGCAGCCCGGAACUGCAUGGUAGCGGAAGACUUCACAGUGAAGAUUGGAGACUUUGGCAUGACCAGGGACAUCUACGAGACCGACUACUACCGCAAAGGAGGGAAGGGCCUCCUGCCCGUGCGGUGGAUGGCACCUGAGUCCCUGAAGGACGGGGUCUUCACAGCCCAUUCUGACGUGUGGUCCUUUGGGGUUGUCCUCUGGGAGAUCAGCAGCUUGGCGGAGCAGCCUUACCAGGGGCUCUCCAACGAGCAAGUCCUGAAGUUCGUCAUGGACGGAGGAUGCCUAGAGAGGCCGGAAAACUGUGCGGAGCGGCUCCACAGCCUCAUGCAGAUGUGCUGGCAGUACAACCCCAAGAUGCGUCCCUCCUUCAUCGAGAUCAUUGAGAUGCUGAAGGAGGACCUCCACCCAGCCUUUCAGGAGGUCUCCUUUUUCUACAGCGUGGAGAACAAGCCCCCCGAGACGGAGGAGUUCGAGAUGGACUUUGAGAACAUGGAGAGCAUUCCCCUUGACCCUGCCUCCUACACACAGCAGGGCGAGGCCUUGGGGCGGGACGGCAGGCCCUCCGUGGGGCUUAAGGGCAACUACGAGGAACACAUACCGUACACUCACAUGAACGGGGGCAAGAAGAACGGCCGCAUCCUCCGCUCCAGCCCUUCCUAA